GAGCAGGGAGCAGCAAGCCGACGGACGGUGAGCCAACCGGGAGAAAUCCAAAGGAUGUUUCAACGUGGAGAAAGAAUUUUCACGGCAUCAGAAAGCAGUCAGAGAAGCAAUGACGAUGAAGAGGAGCCAAAAUGGGCUGCACCGGAGAAGUUACCCACUUACGACAGGCUCAAAGUCCCACUUCUGAAGCAGGAGAAGUGCAAGAGCGGGCACCAUAUCUCUGACCAGGUUGAUGUUCGGCGAAUUGAUCUUGAGGCUCGACGGAACCUCGUUGACAGGCUUGUGAACAUCGUUGAUCAUGAUAAUGAGUUGUUUGUGCAAAAGCUGCGUGAAAGGAUUGACAGAGCGGGGAUUACAUUGCCAGAAGUUGAAGUACGCUAUGAACAUCUCAACGUCGGAGCAGAGGUGUAUGUGGGUCGAAGAGCAAUGCCAACUUUGGUGAAUGCCUCGUUGAAUAUGAUCGAGAGUAUUCUGAGCUCCUUUAUCAUGUACAAAAGCAAGAAAAGUUCCAUUGGGAUUCUCAAAGACGUGACUGGUAUCAUCAAACCUGGAAGGAUGACACUGCUUCUUGGUCCUCCGGGUUCGGGAAAGACUACCCUAUUGUUAGCUCUAGCUGGAAAGCUAGAUAAUAAGGAUCUCAAGGUAUCUGGAAGUGUUACAUACAACGGACACACCAUGAAAGAGUUUCUCCCUCAGAGGACAUCCGCCUACAUUAGUCAACAUGAUAUGCACAAUGGAGAAAUGACUGUAAGGGAAACCUUGGACUUCUCUGUCAGAUGUCAAGGAGCUGGAUAUAGAAAAGAUGUCCUAAUGGAACUUGAAAGAAGAGAGAAAACACAAUCAAUUAAACCAGACCCAUAUAUAGAUCUCUUUAUGAAGGCAGCAGCUAUUGAAGGCCAGAAAUCCAGCAUUAUGACAGAUUAUAUCAUAAAGUUGCUUGGACUGGAUAUCUGUGCUGAUAUAAUCGUAGGAGAUGAAAUGAGGAGAGGGAUUUCAGGAGGGCAGAAGAAACGUCUGACCACAGGAGAGAUUAUUGUGGGUCCCUCCACUACUCUCUUCAUGGAUGAUAUCUCCACAGGGCUGGAUAGCUCAACAGCUUAUCAGGUUGUCAAGUGUCUGCAGAAUAUAAUCCAUGCCUUUCAUUAUACCAUGGUCGUCUCCCUUCUCCAACCCACACCAGAAACAUAUAAUCUCUUUGAUGAUGUCAUACUAAUCUGUGAAGGCAAGAUAGUCUACCAUGGACCCCGACACUCCAUUAUUGAAUUUUUCGAGAAGAUGGGCUUUAGGUGUCCAGAGAGGAAAGGCAUAGCAGAUUUUCUCCAAGAGGUAACAUCAAGGAAGGAUCAAGAGCAGUAUUGGUAUAAGAAGGAACAACCAUAUUGUUACAUUUCAGUCGAGGAAUUCUCUCAAGCUUUUCGGUCUUUUCAUGUAGGAAAAGAACUGUUUGCGGAAGUUUCUGUUCCCUAUGACAGGUCCAAAGGCCAUCCAGCUGCCCUUGUAAGAAAAGAUUACGGGCUUCCAAGGAAAGAGCUCUUUAAAGCAUGCUUGAAUCGAGAAAUUCUUCUAAUGAAGAGGAGUGCGUUCAUCUACAUUUUCAGAGCCAUUCAAAUUGCAGUAGUUGCCACUUUAACAAUGACAGUCUUCCUACGGACAAAUAUGGACCACAGAUCUCUAGAAGAUGGAUCAAAGUACAUAAGCCUCCUUUUCUUUGGAUUGAUAAACAACAUGUUUAAUGGGGUUGCCGAAGCACAGCUAACAGUCAUGAAAUUGCCAGUAUUCUACAAGCAGAGGGAUGCCAAGUUCUUUCCAUCAUGGAUUUACUCGCUUUCGACAUUUAUCACAAGAAUUCCAGUGUCACUGAUUGAAUCUUCCAUCUGGGUAAUCCUUACCUACUACACAGUUGACCUGGCACCGAACCCUGGAAGAUUUUUUGGCCAAUUGCUUUUAAUGUUCAACCUUCAGCAGAUGUCACUUUCCAUGUUCCGUUUCAUUGCGGCAUUGGGACGGAAUCGGAUUGUGGUUAACAUAAUUGGAGGUUUUUUUCUACUGACAAUAUUUGUUCUAGGUGGAUUUAUAGUCUCUCGAGAUGACAUACAUAAAUGGUGGCUCUGGGGGUACUGGGUAUCUCCUUUAAUGUAUGCUCAGAAUGCAGUUGCCGUAAAUGAAUUCCUAGCAAGUAGAUGGGGCGAGGUAGGAGAGACUCUUCUGAAGCUGAGGGGACUAUUUCCGGAAGAAAAGUGGUACUGGAUAGGAAAUGGGGCCCUUUUGGCAUACAACAUUUUCUUCCAUAUCCUCUAUACUCUUGCAUUGGCAUACCUAAACCCUCUUGGUAUGGCUCAAAUAACAAUAACUGAUACCGGUGAAACAAUAAAUGGGAAAAACAGCCAUAUACAAGCUUCUGGAAAACAGAGUAAGACUGAGAAGAAAGGCAUGGUUUUGCCAUUUAAACCUCUUUCCAUGGAAUUUGACAAUGUGAAUUACUUCGUUGACAUGCCCAGAGAAAUGAAACAUCAUGGGACACCAGGGGACCGUCUCCAGCUACUACGUGGAGUAAGUGGGUCCUUUAGACCAGGUGUGUUGACAUGUUUGAUGGGAGUGACUGGUGCUGGGAAAACCACCCUAAUGGAUGUACUCACUGGACGGAAAACUUCUGGAUAUUUUGAGGGCACAAUCACCAUCUCUGGCUACCCAAAGAAGCAAGAAACUUUUGCCCGAAUCAGUGGUUACUGUGAACAAAAUGACGUUCACUCUCCCAACCUUACUGUUUAUGAAUCUCUUCUUUUCUCGGCUUGGCUUCGACUACCUGCUGAAGUGGAUAUGCAAACAAGAGAGAUUUUUGUGAGGGAGGUGAUGGAACUGGUUGAAUUAAACAAUCUUAAGGAUGCCCUGGUUGGCAUUCCAGGUGUUACUGGACUCUCAAUGGAACAAAGAAAGCGUCUUACCAUAGCUGUUGAACUUGUAGCCAACCCCUCCAUUAUUUUCAUGGAUGAACCUACUACUGGUCUUGAUGCUCGAGCUGCAGCAAUUGUGAUGCGAACUGUCCGCAACACAGUAGACACAGGAAGAACCGUAGUUUGCACUAUUCACCAACCAAGUAUCCACAUCUUUGAGUCAUUUGAUGAGCUAUUACUUAUAAAACAGGGAGGACAAGUAAUAUAUGCAGGUCCACUUGGAAAACAGUCACAGGAGCUCAUCAACUACUUUGAAGAAAUUGACGGAGUCCCAAAGAUACCUCCUGGAUAUAACCCAGCAACAUGGAUGCUGGAAGUAACUUCAAUACCUUCUGAAAAUCAUCUUGGAGUAGAUUUUGCAGAAAUUUACCUUAACUCAACUCUCUAUGAAAAAACCAAAUCAAUUAUAGAAGAACUUAAAAAACCAGUCCCUGGAUCCAAUGAUCUACACUUCAAAACCAGAUUCUCACAAUCUUUGUGGGUUCAGGCAAAGGCCUGUCUCUGGAAGCAACAUUGGUCAUACUGGAGGAAUCCGCAAUACAACGCUGUCCGCUUUUUCUUCACUCUCAUAGGUGCUAUACUCCUUGGAAGCUUGUUUUGGAACAUGGGAAGCAAAAUUGAAAAGCAACAAGAUGUUUUCAAUGCCUUGGGAUGCAUGUACACUGCAGUUGUUUUCCUAGGAUUCAUAAAUGCAGCAUCCGUGCAGCCAGUGGUAGACAUUGAGAGGAGUGUUUUCUACAGAGAAAGAGCAGCAGGCAUGUAUUCUGGUCUUUCAUAUGCCUAUGCCCAGCUAAUGAUGGAGCUUCCUUAUAACUUCGUCCAAGCCAUCAUAUAUUGUGUAAUCAUCUUCUCCGCUUUAGGCUUCCAGUGGACAGCAGCUAAAUUUUUGUGGUUCUUCUUCUUCACGUUCUUCACUUUCCUGUACUACACAUACUAUGGUAUGAUGACCGUCGCCUUGACUCCCAACACCACAAUUGCAGCCAUUGUGUCUACAGCAUUUUAUGGAUCUUGGAUGAUGUUUGCUGGUUUCAUGAUUCCCAGAGCUAGCAUCCCUGUCUGGUGGAGAUGGUAUUACUGGGCAAACCCUGUUGCGUGGACGCUAUAUGGUACAGUGGUUUCCCAAUUUGGAGAUAUCACAACAACCAUAUUAACAUAUGAAGGAAUUCAAAUCCCUUUAAAGGAUUUUCUAGGCACUUAUUUUGGUUUUCACCUUGACAUGCUGCCAACUGUUGCCUGUGUAACUGUCGGCUUUUCUCUUCUCUUUGCCUUUGUAUUUGCCCACUCUGUAUGCAUUCUUAACUUCCAAACCAGAUGAAGAUUUAUAUAAACAUAGUUUGAAC